GUUUCAUACGUUCAGAAUCCAACCGGCCUGACAUCUCUUCCAUAGUUUCGUCAUCACUAACAAGAAAGAAAAAAAAAAUUACCAUUCAAAGUUUCUGUAACUAUUCAACAUUUGGUUUUCACACAAGCAUAGCUAGCUAUUAAUCAACCACAAGAAGCACGAAAUCCGAAACCCUCUCAAAACACGAAUUUCGUUCUCCUCUGCUCUCAUAAGUGUUCAAGAGUUAGUGAGGUAAGGUGUUGUUAGUUUGUUACUACUAAUAUAUAUAUAUAUAUAGUGUACUAUUUUAGUCACGCAGCUUACACCGAUCGAUAUGGGAUCUGGAUCAUAGAGAAUUAGCAUCACACGAUGACCAUGGACCGAGCGUCACAGAGCAGUUCAGACUCGCCGUCGCGAGAGUCGAAAGUGUUGUCCAUAGAAUGUCUCAAAGGAAGCUCGAAAGCAGAUGAGUGGACCGGAGACAUGCUUCAAAGCGGAGACAUCGUGGAAGAGCUUCGAAUCGGAGCUUCCCCCAACGCGCUUAUACGCUUCAAAUCGCCCUUCAAAAACGGGAAAAGCGGCGUCAACAAGAUCCUCCAAGACUCUUACAAGAAGAAAGAGACAUCCAUCCUCGUUCGGGUUCGCCGCGGACCCCACGAGUUCGCCGAGUUGCAAGCCUGCAUCGUUCCCAACGACUCCUCCGGGAAGAAGCAAUACGUUCUCCGCUCCAUCACUGACCCUAACUACGUCGUUGGAUUCUCGAAUCGAACCGAAACCGAGUGUUUCCAACUCCAAGCUUCAAGGACCACCAGGAUGGUAAAUGCGCUAUCUAGGACGCGGUUACAGGAUGGAUAUGUGUCGUAUCCAUGGGAAAGGAGGAUGCAAGAGCAGCUAUCAGUUCCCAAUUCUAGCAAUUUUCUUUCCAUAUUACUUCUUCCCAAAGUUUCAGAUAGGAUAGCUUCUCGCUACAAUGAUGUGGAGGACACACUAGCCAGGGCAAAUACAUGGCUCAAUGCUGCUCAAGCUUCUGGGGUCCCUAUUGUCUUUAUGAACAUCCAAACCGAGUCCCUACUUACCAAGAUCUCAGGAGAGACAGCUUCUUCCACUGUAAAUGCAGGGUCAUUAUCUGACUUAUCUAACCUUGCAAAUGCAAGCCUUUAUGGUUUUGAGGAUUAUCAUGGAGUAGAUAUUGGUGUUGUUAGAGCAGUUCGGCUCUGGUAUGCUCCAAUCGGAGGAGAGUUCUCAAUUGAGAUAAAACUAAAAGAGGAUGAUACAAAGCUUGGCUUUGCCAUUAGUCGUACAGAAGAGGGUUUUAUUUUCAUCUCAACAGUUAUUGAUGAUGGCCAAGAAAAUGUACCAGCCACACGUUCAGGACUGAGCAAUCUGUACAAGGCAGCAUCAGACACUUCAAGGUUGUUGGUAGUUUCUAGACUUUCAAAUCAGACAGUCCUCCCAUGGAUGGUUUCUUCAACAGGAGCCAUUAGGUGUUAUGACACUGUUUCAUUGAGCCAGAAACUCUCAUUGCAUAGACACACCAAAGUUCCUAUUCUCCUGCAUGUCUUCCUUUGGGACCGAGCAUUGGCCUCUUCAAGUGUUGAAAGUACAAGAUUGUCUCCCUCGGUGUUGGCAUUACCAUUACCAUUACCAGCUGAAGGGUCUGGUCCAGGUGGUGGUGUCAGCAGUGAUGGUUCCCAGCCAAUGCAGCUUGAGAGAGACACAGCUGGGGAUCUUUCUUUCAGAUUCCACAACUUCUCUUUGUCCAGCAACUGGGUAUGAUACAUUAACAUAUUAUAUAUACAUCAUAGGAACUUUCUCCAUGUCUUUCUUCUUUUUUUUUGCCUUGUUUUCUUGAUGUACAUAAAGAAUAUGUAUUACUGCUUCCAUCUUCGGGCCUUUCGUAAGAGUUGAGAGCUUGUUUUUGCUUCAUUAGCUUGUUCACAGAAAAGCAGAAUAAAGCUUCUAGAAUUGCUUAGUUGAAAUCAUGGGCUUUGUUUGUCUUC